AUGUCGAACAGAGCACGGCUGUUGGUGGAAUUAGCUUUAAAUUCAGCUUCAAGAGCAGACGCCUCUCACCAAGUACCUGAAGACGAUAAUAUCAACAUUUUGACAUAUCAAUCGGACGAUGCAUCAAGUCCUCAAAGAACAGAAAGCACGGUUCCAGAGCCAGUGGAAGAUCUAUUAGAAAAUGCAGAAUUGGAAGAGAAUCCAGUUUUAACACCCCUGGAAGUGACAGAAAUUCCAAAAGAAACAUCGCAUUCCAAAACCGAUAUAGCUCCAAAAUCAUAUUAUUUGGAACAGAACACAGACAAUGAUAUACCAAUAAUUGACUAUCAAGAAGAAAUGACAAUAGAAGAAGAAAAUAUCGAUCCAUUUCAUGAAAGUGACAGUGACAGCGAGUAUCUGCCAACAGAAACUGAUACUGACUCAGAAAAUUUAGUUGGAAACCAAGAGGAUCAUCAGAUACCGGACGCAAGAGCAAAAAAACGCAGGAGUAAAGGGCAAAGAGAUCCAUCACAGUGGAAACGAGCAAAAAAUUCACAAGCCAGACUUAAAGGACAUGCGUACAUGGGAUUUCAGAAAAAUAGUGAAGGAACGUACCAGCAGACAGCCUAUAAAGGUAGGCGCCAACUAAAGCCAUCAUGUGGGGGGCACAAAAAUGAAUCUAAGGGGCCGCAACAAAAAUUUGAAUGUUCGCAAAUUACGAAUGAAAUGCGUAAUCAAAUAUUUCACUAUUUCUGGGAAAUUAAUUCUUGGGAAGGUAAACAAAUUUAUGUAAGCAGUCUUGUAUUGCACUCUCAGCCCAAACACAGAAGAAGAAACACUGUCGAAGAGGAGUCCCGAAAGAAAACAGGUUUUAAAUAUUAUUUAAUAGCUAGAGAUAAUAAGGAGUCUUCAAAAAAAUAUCAUGUAUGCAAAAAAAUGUUUUUAGCCACUUUAGGUAUUGGCGAAAGAUCUGUAAGCGAAUGGGUUUCAAAGAAAUGUUUACCAAAUAAAGUGCAAGCUAUUAGACCAGUUUUAGUAGAGCCACCGCAGGAUUCUGAAUGCACAAAAAAUGUUAAUAUAUUCUUAGACAGCCUGCCUAAAGUUGAAUCGCACUACUGUCGAGCAUUCAGUAGAAAACUUUAUUUGGAACCCACUUGGAACAGUUGCAGACAUUUGCAUCGUACCAAUAAAAAUAAAAGCAAUUUGCCGUUAAAUGCAAGAAGUUGCGAUGAAAAUAUCGAAAAUGAUAUGGAUUAUAAAAACACAUUGGGUAAUAAUUCAGAAGAAAAUAAUUUUAUUUUGCGACAAAGAUCACCAUCCACAUCGUCCAUAUCGUCAUCCUCAUCUUCUAGUUCAAAUUCCUCUACUUCUAGCUCUUCUUUCUGGACUUCUAGCUCAUCUUCCUCCAGCAAUAGAGAAAUAGAAGAAUGUAAUACAGAAUCCAAUAACAUGUUAAAGUCGGUAAACGAUAAUAUGAAAGAUGAGAUUGCAGUAAAAAGUAGUUUACAAAUAGAAAGUAAGCCAAAAGCUAUUGAAUUGGCCAAUAUAAAUGCUAAAUGUGAAGAAGGAAUGGAAGAAUGGGAUUUUUCAUCGGAUGAUAGCAUCGCAGAUCCUAAUUAUCACAUUAAAAAUGACAAGUUGUCGGAUUCGGAUGAAACAGUUGAACAGAAUGAAGAAAAUAAUAUUUUACAUGAACCAAACCAAAAUAUUACACGUAAGAGAAAAAUGCAGCCAGAACUUUGGAAAACGAAUGUAGCAAAACGUCUACGAAAUGCAGGAAAAGAAUAUGUAGGCAAAAAUAAUAAAGUUAUACGAGAGAGACGAUUAGGAUCAGGAUGUACAGAAAAAUGCAAGUUAAAAACAGAUGAAAAAUUAAAUGUUCAUAAGGCAUGCUGCAAAGGCCAAUCAGAUUAUAUCUGUGAUAGGUGUUUACAACCAUUUUCAUCGGCUGUUCAGCUAGAAGCUUACACCAAGGAUUGCGUAAGAAUUAACGAAACAGCCAUUAAAAUGCCCGAGGAAAGCAACAAAAUGUUAAAAUUUAAGAAUUUCCGGAAUAAGAUUAAAGCUCCCUUCGCCGUGUACGCAGAUCUCGAGAGUGCUUUGAAACGUACAGGAGAUCCUAAAAAACCUCAAAGAACAUAUUCCUGUAGCAGUUGGGUACUUCUUUAA